AUGGAAUUACACUCCUUGCGCAUAUUACUUGGCAGAAUUUGCCUCCUAUUCUUCGCAUGUGCUCUUUCGGCAGAGAAAACACCCCAGAACCAACAACCAACACUUCCAACGAGAUUGGAAGUGGACCUCAUCUUCCCCAGAAACGAUACCUACGCACCAAUCUAUGCAUUCCCUGUCGUCUUCGCUAUCCGCGGGGCUGCGCCACUCAUCAACCCUCGGACCACAGAAAGUCUGGUCAAGGUCAACUGGUACCUCUCCGCUGAGAAAGCUAUGGUAUCCCUAGGAAAUCUUGAUUUUGAACAACAAUCGGUGGUGGAUGCGGGUUUGGAGCCUUACUACAUGAUCCAGGCAGCAAAUACACUUGUCAACUCUACUGAGGCCUCCUGGACGCUCGAAUGGACAGUUCAACUGGCAUCAAACUCAACGGCAUGGACGAACAACGACGUAGAGGCUGAGCCUGCGCAGGUCGUAUCUGCUGCUACGGAGAUACAAUUCUACAUGUCGAAUACCACCGAGCUGGGUCCAAACACAUUCUUUGCCCACUAUGGUGAGGCUGUGGUGGGAGUGUAUGCUGGUGCUGGCCUCGACAAACGUGGUGUCGCGCUAGGCGUUCUCGAAGACUUUGUACGGCAUGUCGAGGCCAACGGAAUCUCGAAAAGACUUGUAUUCCAAUCAUGUGAAGCCAAUCGCUCUUCCGAAGUGGCACUCGGGAUCGUGGCCGACACCAGUGGUGGUCUCACAGCUUUAGCAUCUGUGCUGCGGAGUGUUGCGGCUUGGAGCGAAGGACAGUGUCUCACCGGUGGAUUUGAUGGAAGCGCAACCAGACAAGGACGUCCACUAUGGGUCGCACCAGAAGCGUACAAGCUCUUCAAUGCCAGCCAGCCCUUCAGCAACACAACAUCGCACAAUUUGACCACCCUACAGCACCGUCCUUUCAAUAGACUGACCCGCAUUGCAGUAGCGGAAUGCCGGACCGUCCAAGUCUCCAGCGGCGAGUAUUGCGAUGCGUUGGCCAGAAAGUGCAACAUCUCGGCAAACGAUUUCAUGAAGUACAACCCAGCCUCGGGGUUUUGCUCUACCCUCGUCCCGGGCCAAUGGGUCUGCUGCAGUGCGGGCACCCUCCCUGACAGAUCUCCGAAGCCCAACCCGGACGGAUCAUGCGCCACCUACACCAUCAAGCAGGGUGACGGAUGCGCCUCUAUUGCUGCCGCGAAGUCUAUCACCGUCGCCCAAUUAGAGGAGUACAACAAAAACACCUGGGGAUGGCCAACCUGCAAGAACUACAUCUAUAUCGACCAAGUCAUAUGUGUCAGCAGCGGCUCACCGCCCAUGCCAGCACCCAUUCCGAAUGCUGUUUGCGGCCCGCAGAAGCCUGGCAGCCAGAAGCCGGGCGGAAGCAACCCCGACCUGUCCAAGCUGAACCCCUGCCCCCUGAACGCCUGCUGCAACAUUUGGGGUCAGUGCGGAACAACAGCAGAGUUCUGUGUUGACAGCAGGGAGAAGGAUGGUGCCCCAGGAACUGCAGCCAAGGGCCAGAACGGAUGCAUAUCGAACUGCGGAAUGAACAUCAUCUCAAGCGAUCCCCCACCCCAAUAUAUCAGUGUCGGAUACUUUGAGGCUUGGAAUCAUAAACGGCCCUGCCUCUGGAUGGACGUAACCGAGGUCAAGUCUACCAAGUUCUCACAUAUACACUUUGCAUUUGCGCGUCUUACUCCCGAAUUUAGUGUUGAUGUCAGCUAUGUACAAUCCCAGUUUGACCGCUUCAUCAACCUAGGCGGCUUCAAGAAGGUGGUUGCCUUUGGUGGUUGGGCAGAUUCUACGGACCCUGACAAGUUCAUGAUCCUUAGAAACGCCGUUCAGCCGCGAAAUCGGCUGAAGGUGGCCCAGAACAUUGUCAACUUUGUCAAGGUCAACAACCUAGACGGGGUAGAUAUCGAUUGGGAGUAUCCCGGAGCGCAAGAUAUUCCUGGUGUGCCGGCUGCUACUCCUACCGAGGGGAAUGACUACCUGGCUUUCUUACAGGUUCUUCGAGCACUCUUACCGGUCGGAAGGACGCUCUCCAUCGCGGCCCCGGCUUCGCACUGGUACUUGAAAGCUUUCCCUAUUGCUGAAAUGUCAAAGGUUGUAGACUACAUCAUCUACAUGACGUACGACUUGCACGGCCAGUGGGAUUACGGGAACCAAUGGAGUAGCCCUGGCUGUCCCAACGGCGACUGUCUCCGCUCUCACAUCAACUUGACUGAGACCAUUAAUUCCUUGUCCAUGAUCACCAAGGCAGGCGUUCCUUCCAAAAAGGUCAUAGUCGGAGUUGCAAGCUACGGCCGCGCUUUCAAGAUGGUUGACAGCAAUUGCCGUGGCCCUGAAUGCAAAUUUGCGGGAGCUAAAUCGCAAGCCAAGCCUGGUAUUUGUACUGGCGAACCCGGCUAUCUGUCCCAAGCGGAGAUAGAUCGUAUCAUCGGGACAGACAAGUCGGCAGUAGUCUACGCAGACGCGGAUUCCCAGAGUGCAAUCCUCGUCUACGGGGGAACAGAGUGGGUGUCAUACAUGUCGGACGUCAUCAAACAAACCCGAAUGAAUGUCUACAAGAGGCUCAACUUUGGCGGCACAACGGAUUGGGCCGUUGACCUGGCCGAGUUCCAACCAAGCGAGUUCGUGGACCCAGGGAUCUUCCACGAGAUAGACAACACUGGUGGGUGCAAAUGGAGAUUCUUUGAUGGCUUCGACUGUCUGCAUGAACCCCAUAAGAGCCCAGACAAGUUCACCCGGGCUCAACGAUGGUCCAGCUUCAACACUGACUGCGCUUGGCGUGAUUUUAUCAACGAAUACAAAAUCAGCAGGCCGAAAGAUUUCAGCCAGGCCUUGAGUCUGUAUUUUGACGCCCCGGACAUGAUGAAUUGUUCAAAAAUUGACGUGUUGAAAUCUGCAUGCUCGAUAGUAGACAUGUGGGACUGCAAAACUUUCCAAACGGAGGACUCGGGGCCAGCUGGCGUGCGGAUAAUUGAAUCCGUACAGAGCAUCAAUGCUGCUUUCGCCUCAUACUAUGACGAUCUUCACAAAGCCAAGGCCGACUUGACAGCACUGCUCGGCGCGUUCGAAAAGACAUUCUAUCAAAGCGGGGAUAUCGCUGCUAUCAUAGCGAACACGGUCGGACUGGCUCUCGCAAUCAUACUUCCAGGUGUAUUCAAUCAUAUCUUCAAGGGCCUCGGAGCCAAUGGCAAAGAUAUGACAUUGACUGGGUAUCCGUUCCUUAUUGGUUUACUCAGCGCAGUAGGCACUUCUUCUCCCGGCGCCGAAACAGGGGCACAGCUCUAUUUGAUUGUCAUUAAUUGGACACAAGCACUCCAGAAAUUCCUGUUCAGCCUCUUCGACGGUUCAGACCAGUCAAUUGACAACCUAUGGAGGCUUAUCAGAAAUGGACAGCUGAUCGCGGGCUCCGAUGCGCCCCGCACUCUCGACUCUCCCAGCAGGGUUGCCGCCACAGCGAAGGGUCUCCUGGUGGCACUUAUCCCUGCGGCGUGGAAGCAGCAAGGCUACAAUCCUGUGGCCGUGUCCACAGGCAAGAAGUGUGGUACGGCCGGCCCGUACGACGGCAAGUACAUGACGGGAAUCACGGGCAACGAAGGGUGGGCGUGCGUCGACGACGAGAUCUGGUACCUGCUCGGCGUGACGGGUGCCUACACCCGGGACGAAUUCUGUACCUGCCCGGCGCCGUGCGUCGCGCUCUGCGAUCAGUACUUUAACGGGCUGCCGGGGUCUAAUGCUCUGGUGCCGGACAAUCCGCUGUGGUCAGGCAUUACCAGGGAGAUGCUCAUUCGAGGGGCCAUUGCGACCAGAAAGUACAAGGGCAAACCUGAGGUGGAUAUCAACAAGCCUGAAUUCUACGACGGUCUGAUCGGUGGCGGCACCGGUCCGGUGGAUAUCACGGCUCCGGGUGUUAUCAACAUACCAACGUGUGAUAUCGAGGAUGCAUACAAGGGUUGGCAAAAGGGAGACACAAAGAACCCUAACUAUCCAUGCACCUAUUAA